AUGACUUCUUAUGGCAAGCGCCCUUAUACUACACUCAUAGAAUACAACGGCAAUAUGGGCACUGUUACUACUCAACAACCCCGACGAUCUGGUUCUAUGCAUGUUGAACCUUCAGUCAGCUCUGUCACGCUGACUCACACCAAGCAGGUUCCAGAUCGGCCAAUGCCUGUGAUAAGGCCUCGCAGAAAGGAGUCUAUGGACCAGUAUUUGACCGGCGUUGGUGCGUGGACCUCAACUCGUGUGAUGCCCGCCGCCUAG